AUGUCCGAGGCGGGCCAGGAGCUUGUCCGCCUGGUGUGGGGCGAGAAGGCCGGGCCCCGCGGGCUGGCCGACACCAUCUUCUGCCGCUGGGCGCAAGGAAGCACUUUUGAAAAGCAGGGCAGGGUUAAGCUGAGACAGUUCAUGCUUUCUAUAAGAAGCCUGAAGAAUGUGAAACAAAUUCAAGAUUUCUUAAGUGUGGUUUAAUGGUACCACAUCCAAGAUUUGUCUUUAGUGAAUCUGAAUCAACUGCGUUAGAACAAUUUGAAGGUGGCCCUUGUGCAGUGAUUGCACCUGUACAGGCAUUCCUUUUGAAGAGGCUUUUUACCAGUGAAAAGUCAACUUGGAGACACUGUCCAGAAGAGGAGCAGAAGAACCUUCUCUGUCAUACAUUAUGUGAUAUUUUGGAAAUGGCUUGCUCUGAUAAUUCUGAGUCAUACUCUCUGGCAACAUGGAUAAGAGGAAAAACAACUGAAGAAACUGCUAGUAUUUCUGACAGUCCUGCAGAAUCUAGUCAUCAGGAGGAACAUCCAUCUGCCUUGGCUGUCGAAGAGCUUGGCUUUGAGCGAUUUCAUGCAUUAAUUCACAAACGAGCAUUCAAAAGCUUCCCUGAACUGAAGGAUGCAGUUUGGGAUCAAUAUUCAGUGUGGACAAACAGAUUUGGAGUACUGCUCUUUCUGUAUUCUGUAAUCCUGACAAAGGGUAUUGAAAACAUAAAAAAUGAAAUUGAAGAUGCAACUGAGCCAUUGAUAGAUCCUGUUUACGGUCAUGGAAGCCAAAGUUUGAUUAACCUCCUGUUGACGGGGCAUGCAGUUUCUAACGUGUGGGAUGGAGACAGAGAAUGUUCAGGAAUGAAACUUCUUGGUAUACACAAACAGGCAACAGUAGGUUUUUUGACAUUGAUGGAAUCUCUGAGAUAUUGUAAGGUUGGCUCUUAUUUGAAAUCUCCGAAAUUUCCCAUUUGGAUACUGGGCAGUGAAACACACCUCACAGUCUUUUUUGCCAAGGAUAUGGCCCUUGUUGCUCCUGAAGCACCUUCAGAACAAGCUAGAAGGGUUUUCCAGACCUACGACCCUGAGGAUAAUGGUUUUAUACCUGACACUCUCCUAGAAGAUGUAAUGAAGGCUCUCGACCUUGUUUCAGAUCCUGAAUACGUAAACCUCAUGAAGACCAAAUUAGACCCAGAAGGACUGGGCAUCAUAUUACUGGGUCCCUUUCUGCAAGAAUUUUUCCCCGAGCAGGAUUCCCGGGUGUCGGAGUCAUUCACCGUUUACCAUUACAAUGGCCUGAAGCAAUCGAACUACAACGAAAAGGUCAUGUACGUGGAAGGCACGGCCGUCGUCAUGGGGUUUGAAGAGCCGAUGCUACAGACUGAUGACACCCCAGUCAAACGCUGCUUGCAAACCAAAUGGCCCUACAUAGAGUUACUCUGGAGCACGGAUCGAUCUCCCUCUUUAAACUGAGCCCCCGGCAUCGACGGCAUCGACCGGGGAACCCCUGAGGGGACACGGGGGUCGGCACCGGCUUGGGAAGGAAAGGGUGUCCUGUGGCUGUGUGAGGUCAUACACUGGUAUCAUUGAUGAACUGUAAAUAAUGAUUACAAACACUUUUUCAGUGUUAAUUGGAAUAUUUAAUUUUUUUAAUCAGAUUGAUUUCUAUUAUAAUAGUUUGUCUUUUUUUGGCCACUGUAGUACUGUUAAUGUGAGUUAUCCUAAAAUAAUAUUAAAAAAAAAAAAAAAGAGCCUACUUAAAAAGUCUUAACGUUAUUUUUGCCAUCUCGUGAAGAUUUGAAAUGUGCCUGAUAUUGCAGAAUCUGCAUAUUAGACGUCAGAUCUUCAAAUCAUAAAACAUACUCUGCUUCCUCUGAAUCAUAUAGGCAUGUUUUAUUAUUUAAAUUACCUUGGCUUACAUUACAGUACCAUAAUGUGUGGACUAGACUGGCCUUUGCACUGGAUAUGUUUUAAUGAGUUUAAAUUUUUUGCAAUUUUUCCUAAAAUGUAAUUUUACCUAAAGAGCUUGCACAAUAUGACAUAAAUAUGAUACAUUUUUAGGAAUAAGUAUAAUCCAUAAAUACUCUUUCUUGGCAGUUGUAUAUUACUAUGGCUUAGGUAUCGGGCAUGUUAAAAGUGAACAGAAAAUCUGAGGAAAAAUAGAUUUAUUAAUAUUUAUUUGAAUUUGUAUAAAGGAAAUGUAAAAACAGCGGAAUUUCUUGUUCUAUAAACUAUCUAAACUUAUCAUAUUGCCAAAUACCUCUUCUCAAUUUGUCCAAACAGCAGUGUAAGCCAGCGUUAUUGUAUGUGUUAAGUGCAUGAGAACAUCUGCUAUUACAUUAUUAUAUUCCUUUAUUUAUUAUCAACUUGUUAGCUCGAAAAUAAAAUCUUUUUCCUUGAAUCAG